UUCACAUGCGCCGUGGCGACUGUUCGGCGGAGUCGUAUCGCGGCAUUUGACGUCAACAAGUUACUAGUUCGCCCGUAAAAAUGGUAACAGAAAAUGAUUCAGUCGUCUAAGAGAAUCCGUGGUGUGUACAGUGGCUAGUAUCCUGCGGGAACAAGUAACGUGCCAGCCGCGGGCUAUUCAUUCACUUCACAGUUAGUAACACGUGCGUGUGUAAACCGGUGCGUGAUUGAUUUUUUGCGGAAUGGGCGAAGAAUCCCAAGCCGACGACGGUAAAGUUGUAUUAAAACGUAAAAUAACGUUAUUUAAUGGAGUGGGUAUCAUUAUUGGGACUAUUAUUGGCUCCGGGAUUUUUAUUUCUCCGACCGGCGUGUUUUUGAAUACUAAGUCAGUCGCAGCAUCAUUGUUAAUAUGGCUGUUCAGCGGUCUCCUGUCCACCCUCGGCGCUCUCUGCUACGCCGAACUCGGCACCUCCAUCACCAGGUCAGGCGGAGACUACGCCUACAUCUACACAGCAUUCGGACCCCUACCAGCUUUCCUAAGGCUAUGGAUAGCGCUCCUCAUCAUCAGGCCCACCACGCAGGCCAUCGUGGCCUUGACCUUUGGCCAGUACGUCUCCAAGAUCUUCUUCCCUGAGUGUGACCCGCCUGAGAACGCGAUCCGGCUGCUGGCAGCUGUUUGUUUAUGUAUUCUGACUGCCAUCAACUGCAUCAGCGUGCGUUGGACGAUGAGGAUACAAGACGUGUUCACCACCUCCAAACUUUUGGCCCUUAUUGUUAUUAUUAUCUCCGGAAUUUAUUACAUUUGCGCAGGUAAUACGGAGAACUUUGAAAGACCUUUUGAGGGCGACUAUAGCGCGGGAAAUAUAGCGCUAGCUUUCUAUUCCGGCCUCUUUGCAUUUGGUGGUUGGAAUUAUUUAAAUUUCGUUACUGAAGAACUACAAGAUCCUUACAAGAAUUUGCCGCGUGCCAUAUGGAUUGCCAUGCCGAUGGUCACCAUUAUCUACGUGAUGGCAAACUUAGCCUACUUUGCCGUCGUCACAAGAAUGGAAUUGAUGUCGCUUGCUCCUGUAGCUAAAAUAUUCGGAGACCACCUCUUUGGAGGAUGGAGCUGGCUGAUACCAGUAUUCGUGGCGUUGUCCACUUUCGGCGGGGUCAAUGGAGUUCUCUUCACAUCAGCACGGCUGUUCGCCACGGGAGCACAAGAGGGACAUAUGCCUGCUUUCUUCUCACUUUUCCAUAUUGAUAAGCAGACACCGAUACCAUCACUGAUAUUCACGUGUUUCUUCUCCCUUCUCAUGUUGACAACGAGCAACGUGUUCGAUCUAAUCAACUACUUCUCACAGAUACUCUGGCUCUCAGUAGGAGCCUCCGUUGUGGGCAUGCUGUGGCUCAGGCGGACCAAGCCUGACCUUCCACGCCCUAUCAAAGUCAACAUUAUCAUACCACUCCUCUUCCUCAUUGCUAUCGGAUGCUUAGUCAUUAUUCCAGCUAUCACAAACCCAAAGGACACAGCCAUUGGGAUAGCCAUACUCCUUUCUGGUAUACCAGUAUAUUAUCUUUGUGUUAAAUGGGAGAACAAACCCGACGCCUACAAUAAAUUUUCCACUGGCGUUCUAAGGUUCCUACAAAAACUUUGCUCAUGUAUUUAUGUAGAUUCAUUAGAGAAGUUGUCGAAUUGAUUGAAAAGAAAUUGUUUUGUUAUGUACAUAAUAUACAAAUAUAUAAAGGACCAAUAUGUUAUAUGUGUAUGACGCUUAUUGUGAUAUUUUAAGACAUUUAAUAGACGAGCUUAAAACUAUCCUUAUAUUAUAAAUGCGAAUGUUUGGGGUAUGUAUGUAUGGGUGUUUGUAACUCUUUCACGCAAAUACAACUUAACUGAUUACGCUGAAUACCCAAAAUAACAUACUAUAGGAUACUUUUUAUCCCGGAGUUCCAGCGGGAUUGAUUGUUACGUUAUGAUAGGGUUUCCACGCGGACUAAGUCGCGGGCGGCCUUUAGUACUACAUAAAUAUCAAAGCAUUGUGUGUCUUCAUUAUUCCGUAAAUGCUGUGUGAGUUUGCUAGUAUAUAACAAAGUGAAAGUUAUUUCUUGUGAUUGUGUGUCUAUAAACUAAUAAACAAUAUACAAUACUCGUUCUAUUGUCUUAGAUAUACUAAUUUAUCUCAAAAAUAAGAGUUAUAUUAGGUACUUAUUACCUAUUUGAGCCUAGUUUGGUAUUAUACCUAGUACAUGUGAGUUAGACGAUAUUUAUUAAAUUUACGAAAAAUAUGAGAAUUUUGGGUAAAAUCUUUUUUUGGUUCAAGACUAUUCAAGUAGUUUUACUUACAUAUUUGUUUAGUUAUCUCUUUCUUGGUCUUCCUCUGUUAUCUAUUGUCUUUCUAAUCUCGUCACGUACCUAUAUAAUAAUCGAACACAUUCUCCUUAUUUUUCUACAUUUUGCGCUCUUAAAAUACUCAAGGACAAAAACUUUAAUAAAGCUAAUUGAUUGUUAAAAUGUUACACAAGCAUAUUUUAACAUUCAAUUUAGAAAAAUACUUAAUUGUUAUGGAACCUACGAUAUUUUUUAAGGAAAUUUACUGUAUCUCAAAUUGUUAGUGUAAUGUAAUAAUGUUUAUAUUAAAAUCACACACAUUACACUUUUAAUAUUUAUUUUUAUUUAUAGACCCUUUUUUUAUAAAACUGCCGCUUAGAUGCAAUAGUCAGUAAACUAAUACGAACACACACUAGUACCUACCUACUUUUUCUUUCAUUUAUAAUCCUUUGUUUACUUUGGACAUACCUUAUCAAAUUUAGCUACGCAGGCAUCCCUAAAUUCAA